CCGUCGCGCCCCCGUAGUACGACGGUCCGCAGCCGCGAGAGGGACGGCGCGUCGCGUUCGCGAGAGGCCGUCGGCAGUGAAAAUGGCCGGAGCCAGCGAGUGGUUUAGCAUCGGCAGCACGGUGCUCUGUAAAACCUGCCAUGAGAAGGAGAUAGAGGGUGAGGUGUUGGCGUUCGAUCCACAGACCAAAAUGCUGAUACUAAAAUCUCCAUCGUCGAGUGGGAGACCCUCAUUAAAUGAUAUACAUAUAGUAAAUUUAUCCCUUGUGUCCAACGUUCAAGUGACACGAGAAGUUAGUCCUACUACGAGUGAACCACCACAGAGCCUUAAUUUACAAAGGCUAAACACAAGAGUCCGUAAUCAGAUUGAUGAGAAAAGGAGACUGGUAAUGGCUCUGCAGGCCGGAGUAUCUCCAGAAGGACAGAAGCUCUUUAUCGCUAUAUCGAAGACUAUUCAAGAUAUUACAUGGAAGGGAUCUAAUAUUGUUGUAUUUAAUAAUGUCACUAUUUUUCCGCCGUACAAAGUGGCUAAUGUUCAUUGUGAAAACACAGAUUCUGGUGCAUAUAAACAUGUAAAAAAAGUGGUUGAAAAACACAUUAAGGAUACAUUACAAGCGCAGCAACAACAGGAUCAACAACAACAAACACAGAAGGACAGUGAACUGCAAUAAAAGUCCAACAAGGCACUACAUCACAUCAAGAUCGCUAGCAUAUUUUUGAAGAAGUCCCAACUGUUUGACGAGAAAUAAGGAGGAAUCAACAGGAACUGAAGAAGAAAAAUAGCCCAAAUGCAAAAUAAUUUAGAUAAGCCUAUAUCGCGGAUAAAUCGGCAUCUUCGAACAAGCUCCAGUCAUUUGUUCGAAUGGAAAAAAAAAGUUGAAAGAGGAACGCUGAUUCGACACGGAAAUUUCACAUCGACUUUAAUCCGAGUAUUGUUAACAGUAUCGCAUGUGCAUUUUAUAAAUACAGUCAGACGUACAAUUCAUAAAAUUAUUAGUCACCAGCCUAAAACAAAAACAAACUACGGAAAAGCGAACAGGGCCGACUAAUUCAAACUAUUAAACGUAUCCGUCACAUUAUCGGCACUACAUUCGUACGCGAUGUAUAUCAAUGGCGCCGCGGAGUGUGUGCUAUAGUUUAGUCCGAGGUCGGUUCAUCGGUCAUCAACAAACAUCAAUCUUAGCGUUCAAUUCGAGAACGAUUCUACUUUCUAAAGGAGAGUUCUCACGUCCACGAGACACGCUGUACAUGAUUCAAACCCGUAUGAAGCGGUCCGAGCUUUCAGAAUAGAAACAACUUUCAAAAUCUGAAAGCAAACGCGUCGCGCGAAAGUAAGAUAAAAACCUACAGUCGUCGAAUAUCCGGAGCGCAUCGUGGACAAUCUUGAUAUGUGCAAUUCAUCUCGACAAUGAAUCGAUUUAUCAUCCGUGGUAUCGACGUAGUAUGACGAUAUGUUAUCGCGAUAAGAGGACCAUCCCGCAACUCUGCGUUCCACUGAAUGAAAAAAAUGUAAUAUUGUAAACCGCGAUUCUAUUGUCGAGACGAAUUGACGAAGGCGAAUCUCCAUGCUUCGGCGAUUUGUGUCUCAUCCUAGUUUCGUCGAGGCGAAACGCGCAUACGAUCAACGACGAUCCCAUUCCCGUUUCGGAGUUCGCUCGUCACGAGCGAUUCCGCGUUAUUCCCGGCGAUACGAUAGCGAUUCUUUCGUGUCAGGAAAGAAAUCGCUAAUAUCCGCGACUGUCGUCGCGUAUGCACGGGACGCCUUCGAGAGGGAUGUCUCGAUGAUACCAACGUGCGGGACCGAGCGCUGCCGAGAGUGUAAUUUUAGGAAAAUCGGAGCUCUCGGUCCUCGCGAGAGACGUUUAUCCGCGAGGGACGGCAAUCGUCCACAGGAGACGAGAGAUCGAGCUCGUCCCGUACCGGUUUAUCAUUCGAAUGGAAAGACAGUGAGAGUGAGAAAGCAGGUGUGGGAGAUUGUAAGAAUUACACGAAGGAAAAGACAUAAAUAAAUGUAAUAUAAAUUC